CUUGGACAAAACCAGACAAAACUGACCACAAGCUUACCUCGUCAACAAGGACCUUGGAGGACCUGGGCCAAUAUUAUAUAGAAGAAGAAGAAUUGAUUUGCGAUCAAAUAUGGUUUUUUUGUCGUUGAAUCUUUUAGUAAGAUCCCGCGGACCUGACGAAUUUUGGCGAAAACGGAAAAUAUUUAAGCUUGCCGCACAUUAUUUGGGUAGAAGAAGGAAUUGUUACAGCAUAGCUAUUAAAGGCGUAGAUCGAGCACUUACAUACUGCACUCGGGGUAGACAACUAAAAAAAGAAGAUAUGACAGAGUUACGGGAGCAAAGGAUAGAAGCUGCUACGAGUGAACAUGGUAUAAAUUUCAGAAUCCUUAAGGAAGGAUUAUCAAGAUGUAACAUUCUAUUAAAUCGAAAAUCACUGGCUGACUUGGCGAUUUGGGAACCUCGAUCUUUCAAAGUCAUUACAGAUAUUGCGUGUGCGAGAGCAAAACAAGAUCAUUUGAAGACUAACUUGAAUAUUCAAGUACCAAAGAGUGUUAUUGUGAAGGGCUAUAUUAAAUAA